AUGGCAGGUGGUCACACGGAAAACUCGUGGUGGAAGUGCCUCUUCAAAAGAUGGGGAGUACUUUUUACGUGUCUUGUCAUCCGAGCCAUACACAUUGAGGUUCUAGACUCGCUAAGUUCAUCAGCAUUUAUCAGUGCUUUAUGUAGGUUUAUCAGUAUCAGAGGAAAAGUACAGAUUUUCCGUUCAGAUCGGGGCACCAAUUUCGUAGGUGCAAGAGAUGACCUACAUAUAGACAAAAUCAAUGUUAAAGAUGAUAAAACAAAACAGUACCUGUUCAACUCUGGAAUCAAGUGGAUUUUCAACCCUCCACAUUCUUCGCAUUUCGGAGGAUCAUGGGAACGCAUGAUCGGCGUAGUAAGAAGAAUUCUUGAUGGCAUGAUGUUGGAUCCAAACAACCACAAUAUAACACAUGAAGUUCUGUGUACACUUCUUGCCGAGGUUACGGCUAUCUUCAAAUCACGACCAUUAACUCCCGUUUCUACGGACCCAGAUUCACCAUUUGUGUUAACACCCAAUACUUUGUUAACUCAGAAGUUUGUGUCUAGUGAUAAAUGUGAAUUUAUGUGUAAUGAAUUCAAUCGGAAAGAUAUGAUCAAGUCCGCGUGGAAACGAGUACAAGGGUUAGCAAACCAGUUUUGGAAGCGACUAGAAAAUGACUAUGAAGUUGAUGAUGAAGUAUCACCUAAGGACAUCCAAAAAGAUCCUGGAGUAUCACAAAGGGACUUCAGAAAGGAUUCUGGGGGACUAGAAAGUGACUAUGAAGUUGAUGAUGAAGUAUCACCUAAGGACAUCCAAAAGGAUCUAGGGGUAUCACAAAGGGACUUCAGAAAGGAUUCUGGGGUAUCACCUAAGGACAUUCAAAAAGAUCCUGGAGGACUAGAAAGUGACUAUGAAGUUGAUGAUGAAGUAUCACCUAAGGACAUCCAAAAGGAUCUAGGGGUAUCACAAAGGGACUUCAGAAAGGAUUCUGGGGUAUCACCAAGAAGAAUCCGAAAUGAUACUGGAGGACUAGAAAGUGACUAUGAAGUUGAUGAUGAAGUAUCACCUAAGGACAUCCAAAAGGAUCUAGGGGUAUCACAAAGGGACUUCAGAAAGGAUUCUGGGGGUACGUUUUAUCUAAAGACACAGUAUUUUUGA